AUGGUUGCAGCCGCUGAAUCCGUCGACGUUCUAGUGGUGGGCGCCGGUUUGUCCGGUCUCCGAGCCGCCGUCGAUGUUCAUCGCGCUGGACUUUCGGUCGUCGUGCUCGAAGCACGGGACCGCGUCGGCGGCAAGACACUGAGCGUCGCCGCCUCGCAUCUAGGUGGGAAGGUCGACCUCGGGGCUGCCUGGAUCAACGACACCAACCAGAGUGAGAUGUACAAACUCGCUCGCGAAUUCGGCUUCGACCUCGUCGAACAACGCUCCUCCGGGUUCAAUCUGACCAAGGGAUUGGACGGAAACCUGGUUAAGUUUCCGUUUAACUCGUCGGGCCCGGCGUCACCGCAAGAUGAGGCUGCCCGGGAUGCCUUUUACGGAGCACUGGUGGAACACGUCUCUGUGGCGAAUCAUGAGAGUCCGCAUUUGUGCCCGGACGCACUGAAAUUGGACUCGAUGACCUUUGAAGAAUUCGCCAGGGCGGAAUCGAAGAGUGAGGUCGGUGUCAAUGUCGCAAAUAGGAUGUCAGCCGCGCUUCUCGGUGUGGAUGCCGAAGAAGUGAGUGCAUUAUUUAUGGUGGAUUAUAUCCAAAGUGGAACCGGUCUUGAAAAUAUGUCAUCGGAUCUGAAGGAUGGAGGACAGUACCUGCGGAACCGACAAGGGAACCAGGCAUUCUCUGCCCGCAUGGCAGCCAAGCUCCCUCAGAACUCCCUCCAGACAUCGACAGCUGUGUCCAAAAUCACGCAGUCGGGGUACAAUAUCUGUGAGGUUACAACAACCUCGGGAUCAACCUAUUACGCAAAAACCGUCAUCGUUUCGGUGCCCACCUGCGUUCUGCCCUCUAUCACAUUUGAUCCACCUCUACCACCGGCCCGGAUGUCUCUUUCUCAGAACACACAAUUGGGCUAUUACGCCAAGGCAAUUUUCAUCUUUGAUCGUCCCUGGUGGCGUGAAGCUGGUCUGAGUGGAAUCAUGGAGUCCGACGAAGGCCCGAUAAGCUUUUCACGAGACAGCUGUGUUGAGGCGGAUGGCCAGUAUAGCAUCACCUGCUUUAUCGUUGGCGAUCCUGGAAGGCGAUGGUCGAAAUGGUCUGCGGCCGAGCGCCGAAGACGAGUAGCGGAACAGUUCGAUGCCCACUUCGGGCAGGCCGCAAGGGAUGUAGGAGUGACGGUCCCGGCGGCGGUCAACAUUAUUGAAAAGGAAUGGAUCAAAGAUCCUUGGGCCUGUGGAGCGCCGUCCGCGGUGAUGAUGCCGGGCACCUUGACGGGAGAUGCAGGCAAAUCCAUUCGAGAGCCGUUGAGGAAUGUGCAUUUCGUCGGGACGGAGACAGCACUGGUAUGGAAAGGAUAUAUGGAGGGAGCUGUUCGAUCUGGCAUAAGGGGAGCACAAGAAGUAAUCCAGAAGCUGUCGAGUCGGACCCUGGAAAGGGCAAAGUUGUCCUAG